GUUUCAUGUAGCUUAUUUUCUCUGGCGCAGUUCUCCCUCCGUCUGUCUGUGUCUGCGCUGAGGGUAUAAUUUUGAUCUCGUAACCUAUCACCCAGAUCUGCCCUUGUGCAGUCUCAGUGCAGUCUGAUAUGUAGCGCUGUGGCCAGCUGUCGCACUCGGCACUGCUCCACCAUACGCACGCACGCAGCCACAUCCGCACAGAGCGCAUCCAGAAACCCGUUCCCCAUUCAACCACUGGUAGUCAUCAAGGCAAAUCCGGUGAAGACGCCUACUUCAUUCACUCUCCAAACUGGACACAAGAAUCUCGAUCGCUCUAACGCUCCUCCAGCCUCUACCAGCAACAGCACCAUGGCAACCAAGAGACCAGGGGACACGUCCUCUUCUUCAGGACCACAGUCAUGUCCCUCUACAGCAGUAAGACCCACAGACACCAGGCAGCCUGGGGCAGAGACACAGGAGACACUGGUGUACAUGCAGUGCUGUGGGCAGGAAGCCCCUAACUUGACAGAGAGAAACGGUCAUAGGAAAAUCAUGGAUAGGAACCAUCAGGGCCCAGUCUUCGUGCCCCAGGGGAGGACUGAGAGGGUCUGGACCCACCCCCCGGCUCCCCAGCAGACUACUACUCCCACAAUACCCUCCUGCCCUGUGUCUGCCCCUUACAGUUUCUGGAGCCCAGGGUCAGUGGAGAUGGAUGAGAUCAUGGCAGCCAUGGUUCUGACCAGUUUAUCCUGCAGCUCUGUGGUCCAGAGCUCUCCUCAGAGUCAGAAUGACCCUUUACCAGGUCCAUCAUCAGGGGGCGGAGACAUGGGGUGUGGGGGCGGAGACAUUGAGUGUGGGGGCGGGGAGCUUUCGGACAGCAGCAGCAGUGGCUACUGGAGCUGGGACCACGGCAACGUUAGUCCUGCUCCGUCCCCUUCUGUCGCCGAGAUGGACAGCAGCCCAGACGAAGGACUGCAUAUGGAGCUGGAGCAGGGGGGUGAGCUACAUACAGCCGCAAGGUCAAAGAGUUCUUUCAGAGGAACGUACAGGUGUCUGUGGCCUAGCUGUGGCAAGGUGCUCACGUCUUCAGUUGGGAUGAAGAGACAUGUCCGUGUCCUGCACCUGGGUGGAUCGGAGCAGUCCCCAAGAGAGGAGGACUUCUACUACACAAAGAUCUCCUGCGAAGCUCCAGCAGACCCCUCUCCCGUCUCCCCUCUUCCCCCAGACCCCUCUCCCGUCUCCCCUCUUCCCCCAGACCCCUCUCCCGUCUCCCCUCUUCCCCCAGACCCCUCUCCCGUCUCCCCUCUUCCCCCAGCCCCCCUCCCGGCUUCGUCCCCUCACGUCCCCUGGGCGUCCUUUGGCUCCCCUCUAAGCCCUGAUCCAGAUUCCGGUCUCCAGAUCUCCUCCUCAGGGUCAGGGAGCUCCAGGCCCAGCUCAGGCCCAGAGUCAGCCCCAGGCCAACACAGACCUCUUAGCCAGUCUGCCCCCAGCUCCUCCUGGCAGAUACAGACAGAUCAUCUCUAUCAGGCGUGUACUCCCCUCCAGGUAACCAUGACCUCCUGCAGCCCCGCCCCCUGUUGUUGGACCCCUCCCACCGUCUCUAACCAGCACAGCCAUCACAACACCCAGGUGGUGACGGGUCGCUGCAGGUCUGUGAGUGUGGGAGAGCAGUGGCUUCAACAGAACAGCGCCACCAACAGGCUAACCACCUUGAGAGCAGCCUCCCCGUCACUCACUCACUGCUCCUUCAGGAAGGGACGAGGGGAGGCUAAAAAGUGUCGUAAGGUGUAUGGAGUGGAGCGCAAGGACCAAUGGUGCACGGCCUGCCGCUGGAAGAAAGCAUGCCAGCGCUUCCCAGACUAAACGAGUGUGUGAACGAAGGAUGAUGAACGAAAGAGACUCUAAAAAGAGAGGACACGAUCAGGAUCAGGGCCUGUAAGCCAUCAAGAACAACAACUUCCUUUUUUUUCUACCUUGUUUAUUUUCCCCUCAAGGAAUAAAGUGAUUUCAGUUUUUUUAUACGUUGACCUGAGAAGUAAGUCAGUGUGCGAUGCUGGUGCUAGUAGCUAGUAGGUUAGACUGUGUUAUGUGGUAGGCCAACAAUGCUCUUCCGUCCCAGACCUGUUUGUGCUGUGUAGCAUGGCAACAACCAUAGGAGUUAGCUAUACACAGGGAUGGAACUUUUUGGGCACUGGCUAGUUGCCCUGGGUAACAUAUCCUACUAGCCUGGUCUGUACAGUACUAGUGGGCUAGCUUCAUAUCCUACUAGCCUGGUCUGAACAGUACUAGUGGGCUAGCUUCAUAUCCUACUAGCCUGGUCUGAACAGUACUAGUGGGCUAGCUUCAUAUCCUACUAGCCUGGUCUGAACAGUACUAGUGGGCUAGCUUCAUAUCCUACUAGCCUGGUCCAGGAUUCUUCUUCUUCUAUACAGCAAACAGAUCUGUCACCAGGCUCCUUCCACUGAGAGCAUCUCUCCUCACCUUCCACUAAGAGCAUUUCUCCUUCCACCUUCCACUGAGAGCAUCUCUCCUCACCUUCCACUGAGAGCAUCUCUCCUUCCACCUUCCACUGAGAGCAUUUCUCCUUCCACCUUCCACUGAGAGCAUUUCUCCUUCCACCUUCCACUGAGAGCAUUUCUCCUCACCUUCCACUGAGAGCAUUUCUCCUUCCACCUUCCACUGAGAGCAUUUCUCCUUCCACCUUCCACUGAGAGCAUUUCUCCUUCCACCUUCCACUGAGAGCAUCUCUCCUUCCACCUUCCACUGAGAGCAUCUCUCCUCACCUUCCACUGAGAGCAUCUCUCCUUCCACCUUCCACUGAGAGCAUUUCUCCUUCCACCUUCCACUGAGAGCAUUUUUCCUUCCACCUUCCACUGAGAGCAUUUCUUCUCACCUUCCACUGAGAGCAUUUCUCCUCACCUUCCACUGAGAGCAUCUCUCCUCACCUUCCACUGAGAGCAUUUCUCCUCACCUUCCACUGAGAGCAUUUCUCCUUCCACCUUCCACUGAGAGCAUUUCUCCUUCCACCUUCCACUGAGAGCAUUUCUCCUCACCUUCCACUGAGAGCAUUUCUCCUUCCACCUUCCACUGAGAGCAUUUCUCCUCACCUUCCACUGAGAGCAUUUCUUCUCACCUUCCACUGUAUGUUUUUUCUCUUCUUCUUCAACAUUUCAUUCUUCCCUGUGGUCUCUACGGUGGUAAUGGAAACCUGUUACUUCUAUAUGGUGUGCUAUCUAUGAGUUCUUCCUUUGGACUAUUUUGUGUUUGUGUCUCUUUUUUAAAUGAUUGUCUUUCUGUCCCGCCUGAGAGGUAGGCAGAGGUUUAUGUUAUGUUUUGGCACAUUUUAUUGAAAUGUAUUUUACAAGGAUAAUGAUAAAUAAGCUACAUUUGGUUUGA